CCGGUCCUCGGCUUUCACAGCUCGCCGAGCUAGGGGGCAGUGGAAGAGGGUUCACGCCCACCAUUUUAUAGUCAGGCUAGGAAGCCGCCCUGGGGGCGGCCAUGUUCGAUUGGGGCGCAGAAUCUAAACGCGGCGGCCAUUUUGAAGGAGGGCGAAGGAGCGGCGGGAAGCGAGGACGGCGCGGGGCGGGACUUGGCGGGCGCCAGCGCGCUCCAUAUGCAUUUUGAACUAACAGUCAUGGCAUCCAACAAGCUUGUUAUUAAGUGUGGGAACUUUGCUGUCCUGGUAGAUUUUCAUAUUUUGCCUCAAGGCCCCAGUAAAGACACCAGCUGGUUUUCAGAUCAUGAGAAGGAGGAAGUCUGCAUGCUGCUGAAAGACUCUAUUGAUUCAAGAGUCAAGCAAUACUUGGAAGCUCGUAAACAACGUGGCCAGUGGAAACACAUGGAAUACACAAAGCCCAUUCCUUUGUCCCUAAAAGGUGCUAGUUUUCAUCUCACAGCCUACUUUAUGAAAAGAUGGGUGAAUCUGCGUUGUGUUGUAGAAGACCAGUAUCGUGAGCUGCAUGUCUUUCCAGAAAGACUUAUGGUCUGUGCCAGUAGACUUGAAUCUAAUCCCAGUCCUUGGACAAGUGAAAACGGAGCACUGAAAGAAAAACUUUCUAAUGGGACCGCUGAAUAUUUUGCUGAAUCUGCUGAAAAGAAAAAGUACAACAUUCCUCUGACUCAACAGAUAAAGCAAGAUAUCUUGAAAGAUAUUGCAAAAAGGAAAAAAACAAGCAAUGGUAACUCGAGCAAACCUCAAACCAGGGAGGACACCAUGAAAGUGUAUCUUGGCUCAGUAAACUCGGAGACAGGGAACGGGAAGAAUGAACGUCAAACUCCUUCCGAUCCUCAGUCUGAAGCAAAAUGUAGGCGCAUAGAACAACCAAAGGAUUGCAAAAAUGCAGCUGAGAUUCCUGUUUUAGAACUGGAAAAUGAUGUUAAUCGGAUACAGCCAGAUGAUGCUAGCAGCCAGCAAAAACUUCACUCGGCAGAGUGGUUAAAGAUGAGACUUCUAAGCAAGUACCUUCCAUGUAGAUGUGAGUCAGCACUGCCAGAUCCAAAACAAAGUCAAGGAGUGACUGAAACACAGAAUCAGCAAAGGAGCUGUGGUUCAGAAGAAAAGUUGGAUCCCUGCAAAAAAGCAUUUUCUGAAGAGGAUUAUCUAAUCCCCACAGACAUAGAAACAAAGAAAAACAAUGCUGAUUGUUUAGAACCAUCUUCAGAAGUGAAGACCCAAUUGAAUUCCAAGUUGUUUGCUAAACAAGACUUGGCAAAAUCUAUGUCUGAUGAAGAGUCACUUACUUUGGGGAAAUAUCCCCUAAGGACAAACCAAAAUGAGCCAGCCACAACCACUGAAGAAUUAUGCCUAAUGCCUCUAUCCUCUUAUUUAAAACUUAACUCCAAGCCUUCAGAGGAGCUUGUGCACAAAAGAAAGAAAGAUGUUGAAGACAGACCUAGAAAGUUAAAACUACGGAGGGUUAAAAAGUCAUGAUGUACUAAAUAUCACCAUUGUGAAUUCAGUUAGGCACCCAUAGUUGUUUUCAGCAGACAUUUAUGCCAAGUUAUAUUUGAAAGAAUUCAGAAAAAAUAGAAAUGAUAAAAUUGCAGGUGAUUAAAUGUACCAGUUAAAUUGUUAAACUUCUUUGCAAUGAAACUAAUUCACUACAUGCCACAAACACAUGGAUCUGCCAUAACGAUACACUUGGUUUUUGCCUGUCAAAAUAAUGUAUUUAAAUAUUUAACAAAAGAAGGACAUAGUGUUUAUAUAAUUAGGCAGUAUUUCACAUAUAACAUUUUACCAUUUCAAACUAAAGUUUCUCUGGGGAGGAUAGGGUAAAUUUUGAUACUACUAAUAAAUCAUUACCCAAAGAUCUGAGGACAGCAAAAUUAAGGCAACUGUCAUAAUCAGUUCACGUACAGUUUUUCCAGUUUUGUGCUGACUGCUAAACACGAAAUUUUAUUCACCCAUUAAGCUUUUAGUGGGGAAAAUUCUUGUUUAAUUCAUUUGACGUUUGGAAAGAGAAAAAAUGCCCCAGGGUAGUGAAGUUUAAACUUUCAUUUUCUUUUAAAAUAUUUUGAAAUAGCACUGUAAUCCAUAACCUUUGUUAAUUUGGCUAGUCAUUUAGGGCCUACUUUUUCUUUGGGGAUUCAACAUAAACAACAUUUGUGCAUCUGCAGUUUCAGGUACACACAAUUUAUAGUACUAGCUGUGUACACAGGUGGUAGAAUUUUUGCAUGCUUAUGCCAUUUAGAGAGAGCUUAUACAUGCAAGGCCUAGCACCUAUCGUUAUUGCUGGGAAUAGUUCAUGCACACAGGUCUAAACAUCAUGCUGUAUUUCCUUCUGAGGGGCACUUGUAGCUGUCUUGUAUUUGCUUGCAUAUAAACUAUAUCUCUGGUGUUUGGCUACUAAUGUUAGAAAGUUUGUGUUUAAUUUUUAAUUGUGCUUCAUUUUUUUAAUAUCACUUUUAUGGGUUGCACAACUCAUUGACAUGUACCAAUUAACUCAUUAUUUCAUUGUUGUUUUCCUAAAAUAGAUGUAAUAAAAUUGCAAUAAAUGUUUCCUUUUAGAUUAGUCUUUUAAAAU